AUGGAAUCUUUCAAUCUCCCAGUUACCUCCGACAUUCUUAAACUCAUGUCGCUACCACGAUGUGCUGUCCCCGACAUGAAUUUUGACUACAGCUUACACCAAAAUGUGUCGUGGCCCAAAGCCAAUGACCGGUGGUUCCGAAAGACAAACCUCACGUACGGUUUUCAUCCGGAUGAAGUCGAACAAGACUUCGCCAAAGUGUUCAAAAAUGCAUUCAAGCGGUGGGAGAAUGCCGCAGGGUUUUUGAACCUGACGGAGACAACCUACGACGACGCGGACAUUAAGGUUGGAUUCUACAAUCUCUCUACUGUACUUGUCGGCGACUUGUUUGGCUUGAGCUUGAUAACGGAGAACCCUUCAUCUAGCGUGAAGACAGCUGAGAUAAUUCUCAACGGCGACCUGAUUUGGGCGCUGCCCAAUGAGAAAGGAAACUUGUCGGUGAAGGAUGGAAUUCUGGACUUGGAGAGUGCAGCAAUGCAUCAGAUAGGGCAUUUGCUUGGAUUUGACCACUCUUUCAUGAAUGACUCUGUUAUGUACCCUUACAUUUUGCCAUCGCAGGAACGAAAGGUAGAACUCUCCAAUUCUGACAUGGACAACACUAAGAAACAGUAUGCUAACGUUGACUCUGGCGACGGUGGGUGUUUGGGAGUGCCUUCAAUCACCGCUUUGUUGUCUCUGGGAUUUGCUUACCUGCUUCUUAUGUAUUAA